AUGGGGGGCAAGCGGACAGAUCCCAGUUAUCCCAGUUCCGAUCCCACGCCGUCUGGAGCCUCGGGCCGAAGGAGGAAGCGGCUCCGGGUGGAGAGUAAAGUUGAGCACGCGGAGGAGGGCAUCGGGGGAGGGCGAGGCCAGGCGAGCCCGGGGGCCGCACGUACACCGCCGUCGCCUCGGCCGCCGGAGCGACGCGAGCCCAGAGCGGCCGGAGCCUCUCCCGUCGCGGCCGCUCGGAGCGGGCUGCUCGGACGGACGGCCGCGCGCGCCGCGGGCUGCCCCGGCAGCCGUGUGCCGAUCUGCCUCUCCCUGGUGCCCAAUCCUCUUGCUGCAAUGACUAGCCUGCUAACCACGCCUUCUCCAGGAGAAGAACUGGUGACCACCCCAAUUCUUCAGGCCACUGAAGCCCUGUCCCCAGAAGCCGAGGCCAGCACAGCACUCAUUGCAGUUGUUAUCACCGUGGUCUUCCUCACCCUGCUCUCAGUCGUGGUCUUGAUCUUCUUUUACCUGUACAAGGACAAAGGCAGCUACGUCACCUACGAACCUGCAGAAGGCGAGCCCAGCGCCAUCCUCCAAAUGGAAAGUGACUCGGCCAAGGGCAGGGACAAGGAGGAAUAUUUCAUCUAAUGAUUCCCGGGCCCCAAGGAGCUUCUCCAGGCUCCAGUGCUAACACACUAUUUAUUAGGUGAAAGUUUUAUCUGAAACCAGUGAGAAGCAUUGACUGAUAUGGGCAAACCUGAGCUCCUUCUAGGACACAGGCCCAAAUGCCAACAUCACUGAUGCCAGGGACACAGAGAAAGCUGUUGAUGACAUCUUUAGCGAGGCCUUUGUAGUCUAGCUGGUUUCGGUGGCUGCCCAACAAGGUGGAGCAACACCAGGCCACAUGAGCCCAGUCAUCUUCACUUUUUUCAAGGUCAAAGGGAAGGAGAGUUAGGGUCGCUGGCUGCUCCUCUGUCCCCUACCUGGUCUGCUAGUGACAGCUGGAACAGAGAUAGUGUCUGUAGAAGUUCUUCCCAGGUGCUGGAUACCAUGGUAAAAGGCCAAGCGGGGAGGGGCAGGAGACUAUGGAGACCCCACCCCCUGAUGAAUGUGCUAUAUCUCCUAAUCUGAGCCCUUCCUUUCCAUAUUCCCCAACAACCUUAUACUGAUGCUAUUUUUAUCACAAUUAAAAAUGUUCAUUGACAGAGAAA